UUUUGGAGGGGAACCCCCUUGGAUCUGCAGGGAUGGAUCAGACACCCAGCAGCGCUGCCCAGGCACCCCAAGCUCAACACGAGCCCAUCAGCUUCGGGAUCGACCAGAUACUCAGCGGCUCCGAGCCCGACAGCUCCUCGCAGCCUUCUAGCACCAGGGGCUCGGACGGCAGUCCCGGCAGCUACCACGCAGGGAGCACCAGUGUGACCACGACCACCGCCUCCUUCAGCUCCUUGCCAGGCCCCUUCCCUGGCAUCGGGGCAACUUUCGAGGACUCGGGAUCCUAUAGUGUCAACCUGAGCCUGGCCCCCGCUGGGGUCAUUCGGGUGCCAGCGCACAGGCCCAUGCCCGGAGCCGUGCCCCCGCCGAUCACCAGCGCCAUGCCCACCGUGCCCGGCUUUGGCAGCCUCAACUUUCCCUGGAUGGAGAGCACUCGUCGCUUCGCUAAGGACCGAUUCACGGCAGCCCUCACACCUUUUACGGUGUCCCGGAGGAUCGGCCACCCCUACCAGAACCGGACCCCCCCUAAAAGGAAGAAGCCGCGCACGUCCUUUUCUCGCGUGCAGAUCUGCGAGCUGGAGAAGCGCUUCCACCGGCAGAAGUACCUGGCCUCGGCCGAGAGGGCGGCGCUCGCCAAGUCCCUGAAGAUGACGGACGCCCAAGUGAAGACGUGGUUCCAGAACAGGAGGACCAAGUGGAGGCGGCAGACGGCGGAGGAGCGCGAGGCCGAGAGGCAGCAGGCCAACAGGCUGAUGAUGCAGCUGCAGCACGACGCCUUCCAGAAGUCCCUGAGCGACUCCAUCCAGCCGGACCCCCUGUGCAUCCACAACUCGUCGCUCUUCGCGCUGCAGAACCUUCAGCCCUGGGCGGACGAGAACGCCAAGAUGCAGCCCGUCACGUCGCUGGUGUGAGGUGCCAGGCGUGCCCGUCGGACUGCCCACGUUGUAAAUGCAUGAACCUGACGUGACCCGGGACCGCUCCGGCCCUGGAUUCGCCUCCCCCGCACCCCUGCCAACGGCCCACCCCGAGGUCGGACUGCAGUUCCCCUUCACCUCUGCAUGCACACGCCGAGCCUUUCCGUUCAAAAUGGAGGCGCCUUGGACCGAAAAAGAAGAACAAAGGAGGAAGGACGGGCCGCCAGGUGCACCCCUCGUGGCCAGCGUGCCCACCGUGUGUUGAUCGCAGAUGGUUUGUAUGUGAUUUGAGAUGCCCAGCUUGUGUGGCAUGGCCUUUUGGUGCCAACAUGACACGGCCCGCACUCCCAGACCAGACCAUCACGUGCCACGAGACAUCAGGAGGCCAGACCGAGGACCGCCGUGAUGCCCCCCCCACCACCACCUCGUCUUCUUUCUACGUUUUGUAGACUCGGGUCGUUUUGAUUUGUCCUCAUUGACUGCUGUGAAAGCGAAGCCACCGGUGGUGCCCACCAUUCGACGCUGCCACUUUGGGCAAUGCCAGGCUGUGACAUCCACUCUCUGCUCGAGGUCAUCAGAAGUGGUCCUGCUUUUGGUCUUCGUUGUCCACUGUCCAUGUUUGAGGUGGCUGUGGAUUUCAUAAGGGUGUAAAUAAAAGUUUCCUUUUUUCUUUAA